AUGGGUCCCUGCUUCGCCAAGCCACUGGAUUAUUGCUUCGCUGAGCCGAUGGUUUCUCGCUCUCCAGUGCCGCCUCUGAGAUGGUCCCUGACGUCUCCUCCAGUGCCACUGUCGAGAAGGCUCCUGCGACCUCCWGCCCCCAGCGCCUCCGGGAGGGUCUACGCCUCCACUUCCUGCGCUCCUAGUGUCUCCGAGAGGGUCGACGCCUCCACCUCCUGUGCUCCCUGCACCUCUGGGAGGGUCAACGSUUCCACCUCCAUCUGCGCUCCCCAGAGGGUCGACACCUCUACCACUUCCUGCGCUCUCCAGAGGGUUGAUGCUUCCACCUCCUGUGUGGAGGAUCUUGAGGGGAGGGAAGUGGUGGUCACCACCCUGGCUGCUGUUGUCGUGUUCCUCACUGCAGCUCUUGUGGAGGUGUUGUCCACACCUGCUACAGCACCAGAGCUCACAGAGUCAGAGCCAGCACCAGAGUCCUCAGAGCCAGAACCAGGACCUAAGCCUACAAAGCCCCCGGGUCAGAUUGUGAAGUCCCCGGGCAAGCCUGAGCCUACUGAGCCCCCGGGUCAGAUUGUGAAGUCCCCAGGUCUGCCUGAGGCUCUUAAGGUCUCCACGCCGGUCUGUGCUCCUGAGAUCUCCACGUCGGCCAGACCCGAGCUCUUUCCAUCAGCUGCAGUCCCACCUGAGCUCUCAUCGCCUGCUGCAGCUCCCCAGAUCUCCACCCCUGCUGCAGCCCCUGAGGUGGUCCAUAAUAACCCUGCUGCAGCCCCAGAGGUGGUCCACGACCCUGCUGCAGUCCCCGAAGUCUCCACGUCAUCUGCAGCUGCUCCCGAGAUCUCUUCGCCUGCUCCAUCAUCAGAUCCCACUUCAUCAUCUGGUCCUGCUCAGGCAGCAUCAUCAGCCCCUGAGCUGCAGUCAGCCUCCAAGUCUCCCCAAGCCCCGGGUGGGAUUGUUAAGUCCCCGGGUCUACCUGUGUAUCCUGAGUCCACGCCAGCCUCUGAGUCUUCAGUGUUUUUGGCGCCUGCUGCAGCUGGGCCUCCUGAGCCCUCUUUGCCUGCUGCAGCCUGGCCUCCAUCGCAGCCUGCUGCAGCCCCAUCAUCUUCUGGUCCUGCUCCAACAUCCAAGUCUUCUGUGUCCAUGCCGGCCUCCAGUUUAAAGUCUUCGGAGCCGGUCCCUUCAGAGCCGGUCCCUCCAGAGCCGGAACCAGCACCUCCAGAGUCUCCUGGGCUGGCUCCUCCUGAAACCCUGGGUGGGAUUGUUAAGUCUCCAGGCCGUCCUCCAGAGCUCCGUCUCCUCCGGGCCGUCCUCCAGAGCUUCGCCUCCAAUACGGCCGGGUCCAUAGUCGUCCUCCAUCUUUGCUGCAGCCAGACCCCGGGUCACCCUCCUGAGAUCCUGCCUUGCCUGUGUUGCGUCCUUGGGCACCCACCGGAACUUCCUGCCCUCCAGAUGUGCCUAGGCCCAUCUUUGUGA